AUGUCUAUUUCAACAUUCUUUCAAACACUAUGCCACUUUUAUUUUAAUUAUCAUUAUAAUAAUUCAUCUUCAAAAUUAACUCCAUCAGCAUUUUCUCGACGUAUUCAAUUUGCUAUACGAAUGACUAUUUCAUUCCUUAUUGGUGGAUUUCUUGCCUACGCAACUCCAUUAAAUAAUCAAUUAACAACACAAUAUUUAAUUCCUGUUAUAUGUAUUAUAACCAUACAAGAAACAUUUGGAAUGACAUUAUCUGCUGGUUAUCAAAUGUUAACAGCUAUUACACCUCUUUCAAUUUUUCUCUUCAUAGUUCAAAAGAUUGGUCUUGGAUAUAAAGAUUAUCUCGCAGCUGAACUCACACUACUUAUUUCAUCACUUUUAGUUGCCUAUAAAUGUUCACAGGUUCAAACUAGAAAAGUUGCUUUAUUAAUAAAUGCUAUAUUUUUUUCAACUAUUGUAAAUGAAGCUAAGAUUCCAUCAACAUUUAUUUUUACUUUACUUGAAGAAUUUGUCAUUGCAGUAUUUGUUGGUCUAAUUGUAUCUAUUAGUAUCUUUCCACUUUUUGCAACUUUUGAUGUUGAAAAUCGUGUUAAUUAUUGUCUAACAAAUUUACAACAAAUGGAAACUAUUGUAGUACAAGCAUUUUUAUGUAAAGAUCAAAUGAGUGCACAAGUAUCACUUGCUCGAGCAUCAACUAUCGAACAAAUGGUACGCACAACGAUGAAUUUAAUGCAUUCAAGACUGAAUGAAGCUCAUAUGGAACCGUCACGAUGUUUACAACGGAUUUUUAAUCGAAGACGAAGACAUCUUAUUGAUCUAACAUUACAAGAACAAGAAUAUUUUAUUAGUGCAUUAAUGUUUCAUGUAUGUUCACUUCAAAUAAUGGUUAAACAGUGUCAAUUUAAUGAAUAUCAUAGACAUUUUACAGAAGAACUUCAAGAAAGUCUUCUUCAUCUUAGUUUAUGUCAAUCAACAAUUGUUUCAAGUUUAAUGUCAUCUCCAAUAAUUAAUAGAGAUGAAUUUAAUGGUCGUCUAACUGCACUACAACAAGCACUUGAUUCACUUCGUACAGCUUUUAUCGAAGCCCGUCUUCAUCAUGUUGAACAUGUAUUAGAAUCUGCAAAAACAAUUCGAUCCGAAGAUCAUCUUUCACAUACUUUUUUUCUUUUUCAACUUGAUGCUAUAGUAAGACUUUUGAUACAAGCAACAACGAUCGAUCAGAAUAAAAGUAUUUUUCAAGAGAUCAAAGAUGCAUUUAAACAAAGAUAUAAAAAGAAGAGAAGAACUGUAAUACAAGUAUUAAAACCACAAUGGCCACGCUGUGUAUCAGCUUUUAAAAGUACGGUAAUUAUUGGAGUAGGUUCAAUCUUUGUAAUGGUACCUCGUUUGGCAACAGCAUUUGAGAAUGGACAAUGGAUUUUAAUUGCUCUUUGUAUGACACAAGGUGAUACAGUAGGUGGAGCAUUUACAACAAUGAAAAUGAGGCUAGUUGGAACUCUAUUUGGUGCUAUGUGGGCAUAUGUAACCUAUUUAUCAGUUAAUGAUCAUAUUUAUCAUACAUUGGGAAUGUUAACUCCAUGGAUGCUUAUUUUUGGUUAUUUAAAACUGUUACCUAACUGGAGUUAUGCAGCUACAGUAGCUGCUUUUACUCCAGCUUUGGUUAAUCUUGGUCGAAUACCAUAUGGAGAUACAGUACCAGGAGGUAAUUAUGCUCUUCUUCGUAUUGAAGAGAAUCUUGUUGGUAUUGCUGUUGCCAUUGUACUUACCAUCGUCAUUUUUCCAGUUUUUGCCAUUGAUGUACUAAAAAAUAAUAUUCAAAGCACUCUUCAAGUUUGUCGUGAAAGUAUUACAUCGAUGCAUUCGAUCUAUGAUCAAUUGGCUCCUCAUGAAAAUUUGGACAUAGAAAUAAUUGAUGUCGAGAAAAAAAAUGAACAAGAAAUCAAAUCAGUUAUUGAUGCUCAACGAAGUCGUUUUCAGCAAUUAAUUAGUAGUCAACGAAUUCUUGUUGGACAUGCUGCUCUUGAACCAACUAUGUGGUGGUUUCAUAAUAAUUUUUCUUCAAUUCGUUAUGAUACACUUGUUGAACAACAAGUUAAUAUGUUUCGAAUGUUAUAUAAUAUUGAUGCAAUAUUAAUGCAUAUCAAUGAAUGUAUAGAUAAUGAUAAAGAUCACAUUAAGAAUCUUCAUAUGCAUACAGCUGGUAGUCUUUUUCUCCCUGAUCUUCAAAUUGAACUUGUUAAUUUAAGUCGACAAUUAAGUGAUUGUCUUAGUUUAUGGUCAUCAUAUUUUGCUCUUACACAAACACGUUCUUAUCGAAUAUUUCGUGAUUGUACUUAUUCUCGUACAAAAUUAAAUGAGAGUGAUCUUUCAAAACAUGAACAACAUCUCAUUGAACUUCAUCAUACGAUUGAUCGUCUUCAAAAUCAACAUCAAAAUUCAAUAAAUAGAAUAUUAAAACAUUAUCUCAAUCAAUUAACUCAAGGUGAAUUACCAUCGAAAUUUAUACCUUAUGUUGAAAAUGAUAAAGCAGAUUUAAUCAUUAUUGGUAUAUCAGCUAUGUAUUAUUCGACAACUCAACUUGCUCAAAUUGCAUUAGCAUUAGGUGUAAAUAUUCAUACUAUCUUUGAACUUGAAACAACACAUCUUUAUCGACCUUUCUAA